AUGCAACAUGACAAAUGUGAAGCCCUGUCAUCAGGAGAGUGCACCGGCUUCAUCUACGGGCCCGAUGACGGCACGUGCCGGCUGUUCUCUGGCGACUGCCGCGGUCCGGCCGUUGUCAGCUCUCAACAUACCACUGAACGCUACAUGGCUCGUGAUACGUGUCCUGGUGUUGUAUCGGACCGGUGCGCCUGUCCGGCCGGCUUCAGCCGCUGUGCCGGCCGCUGUCUGAAGCGACUGGACCACAAAGUCAACUACACCGAGGCGGAGAGCCAGUGCGCCGCGCUGGGCGCCCACCUGGCCGUGCCCCGCUCCAACGAGGAGAACCAGUGCGCCAUGGACGCCACCCUAGGAACUAAUCUCUGGCUGGGCAUCACCGACGUCGUCACCGAGGGCCAGUUCGUCGGCGCCGACGGCUGUGGCACCGUGUCGUCCUCGAGUCCCUACUGGGCCAACGGACAGCCCAACAACCUCAACGAUCAGGAUUAUGGGCUUCUGGCUGUUGAGUGGCCAGCUAACGGCUGGCAUGAUGUGCCAGCGCAUGCGCAGCAUCGCCCAUUCUGUCAGCUGCUAGCCUGUUAUCAGCACGGCUGCCAGUGA